GGAGAUGGCGAAAGCGUCAUGAUAAUAACUGGACCCAACAUGGGAGGAAAGAGCUCCUAUAUAAAGCAAGUUGCAUUGAUCACAGUCAUGGCACAGAUUGGUUCUUAUGUUCCCGCAGAGGAGUCGACAAUUGGUAUUGUGGAUGGUAUUUUUACCAGAAUGGGCGCAGCAGACAACAUUUACAAAGGCCAAAGUACCUUUAUGGAAGAACUGACAGAUACUGCUGAGAUAAUAAGAAAAGCAACUUCAAGAUCACUAGUAAUUUUGGAUGAAUUGGGAAGAGGAACUAGCACACAUGAUGGAAUAGCUAUUGCUUAUGCUACACUUGAACAUUUUAUUAGAGAUGUGGAGUCACUGACACUGUUUGUCACUCACUAUCCCUCAGUUUGUGAGCUGGAGAAGGUGUAUCCAGAAAAAGUUGGUAAUUACCACAUGGCUUUCUUGGUGAAUGAGGAGGAAAGUGCUGAACAAAAAGGAUCUGAAGAUGAAGAGAAUCCUGAAUUUAUCACUUUUCUGUAUCAAAUAACUAAAGGAGUCUCUGCAAGGAGUUAUGGGCUAAAUGUUGCCAAACUGGCAGAUAUUCCUGAAGAAGUCUUGAAGAAGGCAGCUCACAAAUCAAAGGAGUUGGAGAGAGUAGUGAAUAUGAAAAGAAAAAAGCUAAAGUCCUUUGCUGAAGUAUGGAAGAUAAAUGAUUCUCAGGAACUACAAAAAUGGAGAA